AUGUUGGGCAAGUGGAUGUUGAGAAGUGAUGUUGGAAAGAAAAGCGAACUGCCUGUCUUGAAAUUUACGCUCACGGUUUUAGCGGUCGCAGGAUGCUGGCGACCAACAUCGUGGACAUCGCUGUUUAGACACAUAAUAUAUAACGCUUAUACAGCGUCAAUGAUUAUAAUAUUAUAUACCUUUGCAAUGACUCAAAUUAUGGAGUUGAUAUUGAGAGCCGACAACGUUGACACGAUUGGUGACGCCUUGUUCAACGCUUUGAUUUCGCUUCUGGCAUGCUAUAAGGCAAUUAUUAUACGGAUAAAUCACGAUAGUAUUACAAUGUUAAUUGGUAAUCUUGUCGAGAAGCCAUUUAAACCAGUGGAUCUGAGCGAAAACAUGAUACGGGAGAAGUUUGACAAGAGAAUAACGAAUAAUACAUUAUAUUAUUUAAUUCUCGUCUCGAUAACUGCCACCUAUAUGAUCUUGCUUUCGAUAUUUACGAAUUUUAAGAAUGGAAUUUUAAUGUACAGAGCAUGGUUACCAUUCGACAGCUCAAUAUCCGCACUAUUUUAUCUAGCAUACGCUCAUCAGAUAUUCUCUUUAAUAUUUAUCGGACUUAUACAUCCCACAUGUGACAAUUUAAUUUGCGGAUUAUUGCUGCACAUCUGCUGCCAAAUCGAGAUUUUAGAAUAUCGUUUGUCGAAUAUUGCGAAUGACCAAGAAAAUCUGCGCAAUUGCGUACACCAUCACAUAUAUAUAUUUGAGUACGCGUAUAUACUAAACGAUAAAUUUGGCAAAAUAAUUCCUAGUGAGUUCUUAAUGAUCACAGUGGUAAUGUGCUACAAUCUAAUUCAUAUGGCUUUUAGAGCGUCUAAUAUCGUUUCUUAUAUACAAGAUGUUAUGGUUAUAGCUACCACUCUAGCUCCAAUUUUUUAUUAUUGUUGGUUUGGCAACGAAAUCAAGCUCAAGGUAAUUCUAGUAACUAGCAAAAUUAAAUUUUAAAAAGUUUGAAUGAUCGUGCUGGAAUUUACACUUACACUCUGCGCAGUCAGCGGAUGCUGGCAGCCGCUUACAUGGACAUCGCUAUUUAAAUAUAUAAUGUAUAACAGUUAUAGAAUAUUGUUAAUUUGUCUGUUGUGUACAUUUACAAUAUCGCAAGUUGUGAAUAUUAUACUAAAUAUUAACAACUUUGACGAAAUAAGCGAUAAUAUAUAUAUGACGUUGACGGUAUUCAUCGCAACUUAUAAAAUAACUACUAUGUGGAUAAUUAAGGAACACAUCAUAACGAUAAUCAAUGUUCUUACGGAAAAACCUUUCAAACCGUCGGAAUCAUGCGAAGAAAUAAUUCGACAAAAAUAUGACAAAAUGAUAAAGAAAUACGCAGUAUGGUAUUAUGGCCUCGUCCAAGUAACAGUCAUAUGCAUAAUUUUAAAUGCUAUCUUUAUGGAUUUUAUAGAAGGAAACUUGACAUACAAAGCAUGGGUGCCAUUCGACUAUACAUUACCUAUUAUAUUUUUGUUGAUAUUUACUCACCAAAUGAUAGGUAUGUCAAUCUGUGCGGCUGUAAACGUUGCCUGUGAUAGCCUGAUAUCCGGACUCCUGCAAGAGAUUUGCUGUCAGCUUGAGAUUCUGGAAUACCGAUUGACGAAAAUCUUACACGAAAAACAUAUUCUUCGCGAUUGUGUACGUCACCACAAUCGUAUAUAUGAAUACGCUCAUGUAAUAAAUCGCAGGUUUGCGAAAAUAAUUGCUCUCCAGUUCACAGUAAGCAUGCUAGUAGUGUGUGCUAAUUUAUAUAAAUUGGCUGCUAUUUCUCUUCUGAUGAUUAAUGGAAGCCUUGUAACACUAGUACUAUAUACGGCCUGCAUGUUAUCACAGAUCUUCCUCUAUUGUUGGUUUGGAAAUGAACUCAAAUUAAGAAGUACCAAAGUAGCAAACAGCAUAUACAAUAUAAAGUGGAAGGAGCUUGAUAACAAAAGUAAAAAAUCUCUUCUGUUAAUUAUGAGACGUUCAAUGAUUCCCAUUGAAUUUAAGAGCGCGAUUGUCAUUACAUUAAAUCUUGACUCGUUUGUAACUGUCAUUAUGAACAUUGUAUUAAAUAUUAACAAUUUUGAUGAAAUAAGCGAUAAUAUAUAUAUGACAUUGGCGGUAUUUAUCGCGACUUAUAAAAUAGUUACUAUGUGGAUAAUUAAAGAACAUGUUGUAACGAUAGUCAAUGUUCUUAAGGAGGAACCUUUUAAACCGUCGGAAUCAUGUGAAGUAAUAAUUCGACAAAAAUAUGACAAAAUAAUAAGGAAAUAUGCAUUGUGCUAUUACGGCCUUGUGCAGGUAACAGUCAUAUGCAUAAUUUUAAAUGCUAUCUUCAUGGAUUUUAUGAAAAGAAAUUUGACAUUCAAAGCAUGGGUGCCAUUUGACUACACAUCACCCAUUAUAUUUUUUUUCGUAUUCACUCACCAAAUAAUAGGUAUGUCAAUCUGUGCGAUUGUAAACGUUGCCUGUGAUAGCCUGAUAUCCGGACUCCUGCAAGAGAUUUGCUGUCAGCUUGAGAUUCUGGAAUACCGGUUAAAAAUCUCAUAUGACCAACAUAGUCUCUACAACUGUAUUCGUCACCAUGAUCGUAUAUAUGAAUACGCGCAAAUAGUAAAUCGCAGGUUUGCGAAGAUAAUUGCUCUCCAGUUCACAGUAAGCAUGCUAGUGGUGUGUGCUAAUUUAUACAAAUUGGCUUCUAUUUCUAUCGUAAUGAUCAAUGGAAGUCUUGUUACUCUGAUAAUGUAUACGGCCUGCAUGUUAUCACAGAUCUUUCUCUAUUGCUGGUUUGGAAAUGAACUCAAAUUAAAGAGCAUUGGAGUAGCAAACAGCAUAUACAACAUGAAGUGGCACGUGUUUGAUAAUAAGAAUAAAAAAGCUCUGCUGCUAAUCAUGAGACGCUCAAUGGUUCCUAUUGAAUUUAAUAGCGCGGUUAUUAUUACAUUGAGUCUUGAUUCAUUUGUGUCUGUCAGUAUUAUUUAA